AUGAGAGAAAGGAGAGAGAGUCUUCCCUUUCUCUCAUUUUUGCAUCGUCGUGAGAGACCUUUGCUAGCAGGUAAUUUCCGCCAAAGCAAUAUCAGGAAUUAGGCCUGUAGCUAUAUCAAAAGCCGUUCUUUCAAUACCGGGUAAUGGUUGACAUGGAAACGAGAGCAAUUUGCUGACUCAUAGACUUUCUAUUUUUGCGGUCAAUGAGGGGGGUUUAACGCUCUAACAAUUUCAUUUUGUAUCUUUAUCUCCUUUCAAGAAUUAUGAGAUUUUUCUAAUCAUAUGAAAAACUAGAAUAAAGUUAAGUGUUUGAUAUCAAUCCCAACUACUAUUCUAUAAAGUACUAAACUAAGAAGCCGCUAGGGUGAGUGCUGUACAUUGUCUUAAAAAGUGGUUUAUAUUUCUGCAAGUAAGGAACGCGGAUGAACGUGGCUCUGACGUCAGAAAAAGCCUAUCAAAUUUAUAUUCUGGGAUAAAUGCGUCUGCAAUAACAUUUGACCACGCGAAGUUGAGAGCCGAGAACUCGCAAAUCUAAAGGAUGGCAUUACUAGGAGUUGGUAUGGUGUUUCGUUUAUCUUACAAGAAAAAUGUCACAUUGUGUGCGUUGAUUGUUUUGGGGGCAUUUAUUUCUGGCGUGAAAUGCAUCGGUCAAUCCUGUUCCAGCUCAAGCGAUUGCGGAUAUUCGGAAAAGUGUUGCAGACAGACUUCAGUUGGGAUUUGUCACCUCAAGAGAGAAACUUGCCUCGGUGAUUACUGCUCUUCCAACACUCAGUGUCCACGUAACUCGGUAUGCUGUAGAUCCAGAUGCGUUCCCGGCAACAAUUGCAUCGGUCGCUCCUGCGUGCUACAGUCGUCAUGUGGUUUCGAUGAAUCAUGCUGUAAUGAUUUGUGUGUUUUCGGGAAAGAUUGUCAUGGUCAAGGCUGUACUGAUAACUUUGACUGCUCUGGUGGUCAAGCGUGCUGUAGUCAGAAGUGUACAAACGGCACGAAUUGCAUCGGUCGGUCCUGUUCGAAGGAAAGCGAUUGUCAAAUUUCAGAAAGCUGUUGUAGUGGGACUUGUCAAGGUUCAGAUUGCAAUCUAUACAUCAUCAUAG